CGUAUUUGAAAAUGCUGAAGGAACCAGUAAAUCCGGCUUUCAUGCGUGGACCCUUCUUGAUGAGUUUACGAAAUUAGCGGAGAAUUCUGAAAUCCGUAAUCAGGUAAAGUAGAACUGCUACUUCAGUUUAGUUAUAAAUUGUAAGACUUGUUACCUUUAUAUUGUAGUAAGGUAAAUAAAUUGCUGUUUCUGUUUUGCGUGAGUAACUUUCACAUUGGCUCAACUCUAAAAGCAAUAAACCUUGCACAAUAAUCAAUAUGUUUAAUUUUUUUAAAGAUUUUAAAAAAUAUUUUUUUUUCCAAUAUAGCUGCACUGUAAAGAGGUCAUAGAAAUCGUGGAACUUGCCAGGUGCAAUACUGAUGACCCAAAUAAUAAAAUGGCCUGUAAAAUAUUUGUGAAUAAAAUUGGACAACCCGGCAACGAAUCAGAGACCGUUUCUGUGGAACAAAGGCGAAUAACAGGUCAGGAAGCAUUCAUAAAUAUUCUUUAAAAAAAAAAAAAUUAAAAACUAUUUUUGAUUAUUAAAAAGACUAAAUAGGGAAAUGUUGAAGCAGUGAUGUCAGUUUAUUUUGAAAUGUGAAAGUUGCGUCCCAUGUGGCUACAUUCCAUUCAGUCGAAUCAUAUAGCACAUAGGCCAAAGUGAAAAAAAAAAAAAAAAAAAAAAAAAAAGCGAAGUAAAUAAAAAAAAAAAAGAAAAAUAAAAAUAAACAAAGGCCAAAGUGAAAAAAAAAAAAAAAAAAAAAAAAGAGCGUAGUCAAUUAAAAAAAUAUUGAGAAAUUAGUAGUAGUAGUAGUUUUCAAACUUAACAAUCAAAUCUUCACAAAACACAGGAAACCUGUAUUCACCGGUUUCUCCCCUGAACCCUUCGUUUAUUAAAAGGAUUAUGAUCAAUCGAAGUCGUAACUAACAAGUGUUUUUACAUUAAGCUUUUGAGCGUAUGAAUUUUUAUGUGGAAAGUUUGUAAAAUUCAUAUUUCAUUUUUUAAAAACCGCUUUAACUUUAUGGUUUAUUUUCAUUUUUUUUAAAAACUAUAAUUAACAAAAAAAAAAAAAAAGGAUUUUGACAAGGAAGAUCUAAUCUUUCCUUUUUUUAAAAAAAAAAAUGUAAACACAUUGCAUAAUUUUUAUGUGGAAAGUUUGUAAAAUUCAUAUUUCAUUUUUUAAAAACCGCUUUAACUUUAUGGUUUAUUUUUAUUUUUUUUAAAAACUAAAAUUAAAAAAAAAAAAAAAAAAAGGAUUUUGACAAGGAAGAUCUAAUCUUUCCUUUUUUUAAAAAAAAAAAUGUAAACACAUUGCAACUCUCAAAGUAUAGGCCUACCGUUUAACUGUAUUUUCGUACUUUCAUUGGCAAUAACACUUUACCAUGCACCCUAAAAAUUCAUAUAAAAAAUAUAAUUACAUCUGCAUUUCUUUGAGAGAUAUUUAUCUUAAUUGUUCACACUUUCGUUAGUAACAGUUUCUGCAAAUAUAUUAUACUUUUUCAAAUAAUUACAACAUAAGAUCUAACCAAAUGACUUACUUUAAUAAAAAAAAUUAUUUACAGAGCUUAAACCCAUGACGAAUACAUCAAUGAACAGCGAGGCUGAAGUUGAAACUGUAUCAACUUCAACUGAUGUAAGUCACCGAUGAUCACAUAAAUGUUAAUUUCAUUGUGGGUUUUUAGCUUGUGUUGGCAAAUUUAAAAUGGAUAAAUAAAAAUAAUCUUUAACCAGAUAUAAAUUUCUUGCGAAGUUUAAUUUUCAGCUUAAGUUGAUUCAAUCGGGAGUCUUAAAAAUCCACCAACUGAAGUUUGAGCAACAGAAGCAUAUUUUAAGAUAUAAGUUGGAAAGACACAUUUUCAGCGGUGUUACAUUCUAAAAUAGACAUGCUAAAAAUAACACAUUUUAAAUAUUCAUUAACUUUUGGUGAUAUUAGUUUUUAAGUUUAGCAUGUAUAUAAUUUAGCAAAAUAGUUGUUAGUUGUGAAUAGUAUUAUUCCUUAUUUUCAGUGUUCUGUUAGAUACUCCAAACAACUGAGAGAUUUGGACAUACUGCUGAUUGGUAAAACUGGCAAUGGCAAGAGUGCGACCGGUAAUAUGAUCCUCGGGCGGAAUGUAUUUAAGAGUUCCCCAAGUCUUAAGUCAGUUACAAAGGAAGUGGAUUACGAAUGGGCCAGAUUUGAAGACUGUUGCCUGAAAAUAGUUGACGGGCCUGGUGUGGCGGACACCGACAACAUUAAAGACUUUGACAAGGCCACCCAGUUCAUUGUUGAGAAGAUGAAGCAUGCGGUAACAUUUAGUCCAGCCGGCUACCACGCGUUUCUCCUCGUUGUAAAAUAUGGGAACCGAUUUACAGCUGAAGACCAUUUCUGCAUUAAAAUGCUAAAAAGCAUAUUUGGCCGAGACUUUGUCCAGAAUUUUUGUAUACUUUUAGUGACUUCUGGAGAUAGAUAUAUCGAAGAUAAUGAAGACAAAGAAUUUUCGACAUGGUGUGACGAGCAGGACGGUAUAUUUCGAGAACUUUUACAAGAGUGCAACAAUCGGGUCUUGUUGUUUGACAACAAGACAAAAGACUUAAACGUGAGGUACAAUCAAGUUAAAAAAUUGAUUGAGACCGUUGAUAAUUUGCAGUCUGGGGGAAGACGAUACACUGAUAAAUAUUUUGAAGAAAUGGCAGCAGAACGCGAAAAAUGUUUCUUGGAAUGCAAAGAGCCCAUGAUUAUGGAAGAUACAGUGAUUCAAGCCAAUUUUAUAAUGCAGGACCUCGAAGAGAUCUGCAGCCUAGAGGUGGAAGAUCAGAGAGUUAAACUCAUUGAGCUUAACAAAAGCACAAACGCUCUUCAAAUUUACAUAGUAGACAAUGACAGAGGAACUGGCAUCCUCAAAGAAGCGAUUGAUACAGUGGACGGUUUGUUGGCAUUGAUAGCAGAUAAAAUCGAAUUGCUUGAGGAAUUCGACAACCAAAAACAAGAUCAGUCCCAGAAGCAUCACGAUAUUGAAAAUGAGACCAAAGUAUUUCCUGAAGGUUAUUCAAAGAAGAGAGACCAAGGUUUGGAGUAUCGGGAAAUAGAGCAACGCAAUCCGACAGAAGAAGAGGAAUAUGAUCCAAUUUACUCAGAUUUUAAUCAAUUACAGGUUCCGUGUUCAAAGACUGAAACAGCCAAACGCAUUUCACAGAAAUUUGAUCAAGUUGCAUGUUCUAAACCACCAGCACUUGAACCGAGACAUCAUGACAAAAGCCAAAGCAGGGAUGAUGACAAAGACAGGGCUCUAUUUGAAAAAGAGGAACGAAUUAAAACAUUGAAUGGCAAACUGUUAGAGACACAAAAUGUUGCCCUUAAAUUUAUGUUUGAAAGGAAUGAACGUGAAGACAGACUCAGGAAAGAAGCCCAGCUAAAAAGAGAUCAAAUGGCGUUAUAUCUAGAGUGCAAGAGAUUACUGGAUGAAACGUUGAAGAAAGUCUCAAAUAAAAAGAAAUCCAGAUGCAGAUUAUCAUAAAAUAUCAUAUCAGUCC